AUUGAAUUCAAACGCUUCGAGCACGCAUCUGUUGCGGUCUAGUGUUGAAGCUUGCGUCACCAUCGAAGAAUGGCAAAUAAAGCUUCAACGGAUGGAGUUGUUUUUCAAUACCGCUUGUGUUACUACGUAAUUGGACUAGUUCACGAUAAAUAUGAUUACUCCGUACUGUACGAAGGGAAUGAAGACACCUACGGUGCAAUGGAUGAUGUGGUCUUGAAAAUUAACCGCAAUGGCGAGGGGGCGUACAACGAAGGGCUCUACCUUAUCCAAGCAAAGCAAACCACCGAUGAAACAAAAACGCUGUCCAUCCAGGAUCUACUACUGCAAGACAAAAAAAGUAGUGUUGCGAAGUACAUAGAUGCAUACAUCACAUAUGCAGGAUCAGAAACAUGCAAGCGGGAUGGUGCACCCACGGAAAUGAUUUAUUGGACGACGAACGAUCUACACGCAACGACAAAAAAUUUUGUUGAAGAGCAUAUCAGCACUGAACCACAUUUAGUACUAACGAUCGAUAGUAUCAAGAAGUACCGGAUAAAAGAUUGGAAAGCACUGUUAAUGUUCGACAUGGCACAGAAGCUGGCAAACGACUGCAAAACAAAAUCCCCCAAAAAAGAUUAUCUAAAGCCGUUUACGUAUUUGGACGAAUCGGUAACAGCGGCAAUUGCAUGUGAAAUUCUGGAGCUGGUAGAUCAAUCCACUGAUUCGGUGCCGAAGGUAAGAUUUCGGCAACAGUUCCUACUGGACGCUCCAUGUCUCUCCGAAAAUACGAGACAAUUUCGAAAAAGUUUUGAAGUCGCAUGCGAAAUGAUAUAUCCCAAAGUUCCAACGUUCAACAUCGCCAGCCUAAACUCAGUCACAUUUCCAACUGACGUAUUCAGUGUGGAAAAUCUCAACGCAUCGAAUACUAACUCUGUGGCGUGUAGUUUUCAGUACAAAGGUUUAACGGAGGAAACGUUAAACUGGUUCUUUGAGCACUUUAUAUAUUACGUUUGUGUACCCAAAGAUGAAACGAUGGUGAAAGCGAUAAAGGAUUUAUUCGGCGAUAAAUUCGAUGAGAAAAUGUUUGAGCGCUAUUUGAUAACUGAACCACGAAAACUUGAACUAAAGCAAAAGAAAGCCAAAAAACGGGUACCGCAGCAGGACUGUUUCAUAAGCAAAGCGAGCAUAGAGUUGUUAUUGAAAAUGAUCGAGCUUAAAGGUAAGCUAGUUGUACAACCACCCAAAGGUAUAGAAUUUAAAAAAGAAAGUGUGGAGGAACUUAAUGCCACGAUUAAUUCUUUGCGUAUCGGAGAGGAACGUGAAUUAACGUUACUGUCGAAAACGAAAGUAGCAUGGACAGCAUCUCGGAUAACGAAGGAAUUCGCUAAUCAAAACUCGUUAGCUGUAAGCAAUGAGACAGGUUUGCAACAAUUGCUGGAGGCAUUGGCGGCUAUUCAAACUACUCCGUUCGGAGAGGGAUUAAUUAUUGGUGAAGUACAAUUCAUAAUACUGCUGGAUUUGCCAGAUAUUGCACUUUGCUCGAAACAGAUCGUGGAACAGUUGGUAAAGGAAGUUAAAGUAAUAGCAAUCGUUUCAGAACAAACCGUUAGUACCAUGGUGCCCAAUGUAGCAGAUGAGAUAGAACUGGGCGACGUGACCGUGGACUAUGAACAGCUCGAAAUUAAGUCAAUAUGUUUCGAUGGCAAAAAGUUACCGGUAUCAAACUUCCUGACAAGCGCAGCUAUUGACAGUAUUAAGAAGGUUGAAGAAUUAAGUACGCUUACAGAUAUAACAGCCAAAUCGGAUGUCUACAUUUCCGACGAGCGGCAUUACAUCGAUCGUAACCUGCUGGGUGAAGAUGGAAAGAUAGUAACACAUACCGAAUUACUAUCCCGUGCAGCGCGUACUGUGUCAAUUAUUCGUGACACAGCUGGUCAGGGAAAAACGACGGAACUGUUACGAAUCGGCGAAGUAGCACAGAACGUGGAUGGGGUUAUAUGCAUGUUCGUUAGAGCCAAAACAAUCGCUCAUGUUAUCAUGCAAGACGACAACAUAUCGGCUUUGGUUGGAUUGCAAAUGCUACAAAAACUGCUCCACAUUACUCCCCAGAGUGCAUUUGUGGAUGAGAUCGUUCAACAGUGCCUAGAAAAAGCGCAAGUGUGUUUAUUAGUUGAUGGAUUUGACGAAGUGGUGGAGCAAUAUCAGAAUGCUGUAAUCAAAUUUUUAGUGAAAAUGCUACAGCAUGCUGCUUGUUGUUCUUUGAUAAUUGCUACAAGGCAUGAAUCCAGCUUUAAAGUCAUUAAUCCAGCCCAAAUACCAGAUUUAAAAAAAGCUUUCAAGAAUGCUUCCUACUACAGCUUGGCACCAUUUCCAUACGAUCAAUAUUUCCAAAAGCUAUGGCUAAGUGAUCCAAACGAGUUGUCGCCCGAUUUGGAGCAAAAUGUGCAAAUUUUCAUUUCCAACUUUGACCAGCUACUAAAGGGUACCGGCUGCAAAGCGUUCCUGGAAGUGCCUCAGCUGUGCAAAAUUAUGGGAACUAUUUAUCACGAUCGUAUCCGCAAGCCCAACAUCCAAUGGCACACGAAUUACGAAAUCGGUUCCAUCUUCGAUACAUUCGUGCAGAGCCAGUUGGAAAACACGUUGCGUGGCAAGUUCGACGAAAUGGAUAAGCUGCACGUGUGGGCCACUAACUUGAUAAAGAGCGAGUAUUACACGAAACAUGCACAGCUGGCGUACGAGCUAGAGUACAACUGCUACAGCAAUCCGGACCACUACGAGCAGCUACAACGUUUUGGUCUUGUGAUGAUUCAGUUCGAUUCGUCCGAAAGCAUCAAUUUUAUGCAUCGUACCGUGAUGGAUUACUUCCUGGUGCGUAUAUGCAUGUUGGGCGACAUUGAUGAGGAAAAUUUCCACUCCUUUCUGAAGCGUUAUUUUUGCGUAUCGCGUGCAAACAUUGCUGAUAAGUUUAUUGAUUUCUUUCUGCACGAUGCACAGUGUCUUUCGUCGCGCAAGAAAGGUAUCAUCAAUUCGUACCUGUACAGCGGUCAUAACAUUCUGCCAAUGUGCAUUAGAAUGGCGCUAAAUAAUGCGACCUUUAAUACGCUGAGGGUACUAUUGUCCGUCGCUCAAACAGAAUUACUAAGACCCUUGUGUUUCCGAUUCGGAGCGAGCAGCAGUUUGCAGGGAAAUAAUUCAAACGAAAUCAAUCUUAAGCGGCUCGGAGAACGUCAAACGCUCCUGUUGCUGGAAACGCUGAAACAAUGUGACGAUGAGUAUGUCGAUGCGCAAGAUGAUAACGGUGACCUCAGCAUACUUGAACGCAUGCUGUUUGAAGCGAAUCCCAACGAAGAGGAUACAUUGGAAGUAGCUAUUAGAAAACCAUUCCCGGAUGUUUUCGAUUGGGUUGUGGCGUACUGUAUUGAACAUUUUAACCAGCAAAUUGAACGCUACCUCCUGGAGCGUAUUCCAAGAUACGCACGUGCAAUUAUCAGACACUGUUAUGCGGAGAAUAAGGAAAAAAUUAUCGAUAAAUUAUUGCAGCUCUGUAAAACUACAUUCCGUGGUGAAAGUAUUCGACAGUGGCUGCAAAACUUCGAUUUGCUUGGAGAGCUUCUGGACAGUAUUGAAAUUGUACCGCAAGGAAAGGAAUUUAAGGAAGCUGAUCGUAUAGACUUAACACAAAAAAUUCUUGCGUUAUUGGACUCUUACCUAGGCGAAGAAUCAUUGAUUACUGUAAAAGAGCAAUCGAGCGAAAGAUUCGAUAAGUUGCAAAAUGAGGCUAUUAAAUCCGUGUUGAAACUAUGGAUGACGAAUGACAAAUAAGCAAAUUAACUUGUACUAUACUUAUUUAUAAAAGCAUCAUGCCAUUCAUCCGUUUUGUUGGCCUGCUGGAGUAGUCUUCUGAACCAGUCAUGAUCAUGCGUGGAAGGAAUUGCAGGUUGAUUCGUUCGGUGUCAUUAUAAUAACCAGCCUAACAGAGCUUUUUAGAGCUAAGUCUAAUUGAUUACAUAAAAAUUAUGUCAUUACCAAAAAUCCUUCUGAGCAUUGUCAAAUCAAGAGGCACUCUCACUGCUAUUAAACCGACUUCGAGGUAUUCUGGCGAUGGAACAGUUAACAAUAUACGCAAUUAAUGAACAAAUGAUUUAAGAAAUUGAUUAAAAAUAUAUAUUUAUAGAAUAAAAAUGUGU